AUGGACAAAACUCUUGCUGAGUUGCUGCACAUGUUGGUCACAGCUGAAAAGAAUUUCAAAAGGGAAAGUGGGAGUGGGAUUAUGGCUGCCUUCGAGAAAGGCCCUUCUUCCUCUACCAAACCUAAGUCUAAAACCAAAGGCAAAGGCAAGGGAAAGGAGAAGAAGACUACUGUAGCCAAGCCCAAUGGUAAAAUCACCAAAAAGAAGGCAAAGGAGCCCAAAGGAAUGUGCUUUUAUUGCAACGGCACUGGAAGCGGAACUGCAAGAAAUAUCUCGCAAGCCUGA